CAUUGCCUGGCUGCAGGGCUACUGUGAAUGACCUGGAGGCUAGGAACUCUGUAUGUACUUCCCAGUAAUGGCCUGAGAUCUUGGGGUGGCCAGAAGAAACACUACAAGGACACAUUGAAGGCACACCUCAAGAAAACGGAUGCUGACAUCAAGAGUUGGGAGGAGUUGGCUGCUGAUCUACCCCAAUGAGGCCACAACCUCAACCAAACUACAGCCUGUUUCGAGAUACAGUCAGUCUGCAAAAUGAAGAUUUUGGGGGUUUUCAUUCUUUGUAGAAGCCAUGAAGUUUGUGAACUGAAGUAAAACAUUCAGAGUGGAAACUGAUUUUAAGGAUUAUGUUUACAACAAAUUAAUACCAUCGAGAGAAACACUUUUCAGAAUAAAGUGUCUUAAAAAAAGAGAGAGACUAUUUAUGCUGAAAGAAAACUGGAUUAACAAUGAGGCCAAAGACUUUUCCUGCUACAACUUAUUCUGGAAACAGCAGACAAAGGUUACAAGAGAUUCGGGAAGGUUUAAAGCAGCCUUCUAAAUCUUCAGGUCAGGUGUUACCUGUUGGACCAGGCAGUGAAACUUCUCUGGACCCUAAAAUUUUAGUACGGAAAGAUGCUGCCAGGCAGCAGCAAAUGAGACAAACAGCCAAGUUCGGACCUUAUCAAAAAGCACUGCGAGAAAUCAGAUAUUCCUUAUUGCCUUUUGCUAAUGAGUCGGGCACCUCAGCAACUAUAGAAGUAAAUAGGCAGAUGUUACAGGAAUUGGUGAAUGCAGGCUGUGAUCAGGAGAUGGCUGUAAGAGCACUGAAGCAGACAGGCAGCAGGAGCAUUGAAGCAGCUCUGGAAUACAUCAGCAAAAUGGGUUACCUGGAUCCCAGGAAUGAGCAGAUUGUGCGUGUGAUUAAGCAGACCUCGCCAGGGAAGGGGAUGGUGCCAAAUAACGUAACCCGCAGGCCAAGUUUUGAAGGAUCAAACGAGUCUUUUCCGUCCUAUCAUCAGAUUGGCAAUGCAACCUAUGAAGGGACAAGCUUUGGUGCAGAAGGUGCAGACAUGCUCAGUGAUGUUCCAAGGCCAUACAUGGACUAUUUAAUCUCUGCUUCACAGUCCGCAGCCCUGAACUCUCCUGUACAGAGACCUUCAGCAGUGGGCUCUCACAGUGCUCCUGGAAGCCAUCAGCAUCAGCAGAAAACAUACUCUGCAAAUAUAGACUCCUCUGUGAUUAAUUACCCAGGGGCUAAUCAUGGCAGCCAAGCUCUACAGCUACAGGUCACGCAUGGCCCAAACAGCCCACAUUACAGCAGGCAGCACAUGAUGGUGCAGGGGGAACCGAUGGGUUAUGGCAUUCAGCGGACUCCAUCGUUCCAAAACAAAAUGCAGCAGGAGGGAGGAUAUGCAAAUCUCCCGAAUAAAGGGACGGUUGUUCAGAAUAACUCUGGUCACGCAUUUCAGCAGGCACCAGCGAGUCUGUAUAUACCACAUUCUCAUCACAAACAAACAAGUCCUUCCUCUCAUCAAAUGCAUGUGAUAGCCAGAGGUUCAGCCUUUGCUAAUGAUUUUUCAGAUAGUCCACCACAGAGCUUAUUAACUCCAUCUCGAAAUAGCCUAAACAUGGACCUGUAUGACAUGAAUAAUCCUCAAGUUCAGCAGUGGCAAACAGCAACACCGUCACGCCGUGAUUCUUUACAAAGCCCAGGAAUAGAAACAUCUCCACGGCAACAUGUAACCUUCAGACCAGAUGCCACAGUGCCAAGCAGAACAAACUCCUUUAACAAUCACCAACAACAGCCCCAAGUGCCUGUAUCUAUGAGACAGGUUCCCCCAGGCAAACCUGAUGCCUCAAUUACAUCUCCAAAUACCAUCACAGCAGUCACAUCUGCUCAUAUUCUCCAACCGGUGAAGAGCAUGAGAGUGAUGAGACCUGAACCUCAAACUGCGGUAGGGCCUUCCCAUCCUGGCUGGCUCCCUGCACAAACUCCAGCGGUGGAUGGCUUAGAAAUUAUUGAACCCCAUCAGCUUCCCGUUGGAGGAGCUAAUGCCUACCAACUAGAGGUUGAUUACAGCAGCCAGGAGCCCAGAUGUCCUCCACCACCGUAUCCUAAGCAUUUGUUACUUCCCAGUAGCUCUGAGCAGUUUGAUAUCAACUGCUUGUGUAUGGGUGUAGAACAGACCCUUCGGGGGGUUCCCACUUCAACGUGCAGUAAAGCUGAGGAAAAUGGUGAAAGGAAUGACAAAAGCAGCAAGAAUGCUAAAAUGGAAAAACCAGGCAAGGAUAAAAAGCAGAUCCAGACAUCUCCUGUGCCAGUGCGGAAAAAUGGCAAAGAUGAAGAAAAAAGAGAAUCCCGUAUUAAGAGCUAUUCACCAUUUGCCUUCAAGUUCUACAUGGAACAACAUGUAGAGAAUGUCAUAAAGACCUACCAACAAAAAAUUAACAGGCGUCUGCAGCUGGAGCAAGAAAUGGCCAAAGCUGGUCUUUGUGAAACAGAACAGGAGCAAAUGCGGAAAAUUCUCUACCAAAAGGAAUCUAACUACAACAGACUGAAGAGGGCCAAAAUGGACAAGUCCAUGUUUGUAAAAAUCAAGACCCUAGGGAUCGGCGCUUUUGGGGAGGUGUGUCUCGCCUGCAAGGUGGACACUCAUGCCCUUUAUGCCAUGAAAACUUUGAGAAAGAAGGAUGUCCUGAAUCGUAAUCAGGUCGCUCAUGUCAAAGCAGAAAGGGAUAUACUCGCUGAGGCAGACAAUGAAUGGGUGGUUAAACUCUAUUACUCAUUUCAAGAUAAGGAGAGUUUGUACUUUGUGAUGGACUACAUCCCCGGUGGGGAUAUGAUGAGUCUGUUGAUACGGAUGGAAGUCUUCCCAGAGCACCUAGCUAAGUUUUAUAUUGCAGAGCUCACUUUGGCCAUAGAGAGUGUACACAGAAUGGGAUUUAUCCAUAGAGACAUCAAGCCUGACAACAUUCUUAUAGACCUUGAUGGACAUAUUAAACUGACUGACUUCGGGCUCUGCACCGGAUUCAGGUGGACCCACAAUUCCAAAUACUAUCAGAAAGGGAGCCACAUCCGACAGGACAGCAUGGAGCCCAGUGAUCUUUGGGAUGACGUGUCCAACUGUAGGUGUGGAGACAGGCUGAAGACCUUGGAGCAAAGAGUUAAAAAACAGCAUCAGAGAUGUUUAGCCCACUCAUUAGUUGGGACCCCUAAUUACAUUGCUCCUGAAGUGCUGCUUCGUAAAGGAUACACUCAACUCUGUGAUUGGUGGAGCGUUGGUGUGAUUCUCUUUGAGAUGUUAGUGGGGCAGCCUCCCUUUCUGGCUCCCACUCCCACAGAAACCCAACUAAAGGUAAUAAACUGGGAGAGCACCCUGCACAUUCCCUCACAGAUCAAGCUGAGCCCUGAGAUUUCUCCACUGAUAUCCGCAGGCAGCCAGCUCCCUAUGUUCCAAAGAUCAGCCAUCCAAUGGACACCUCAAAUUUUGACCCCGUUGAAGAAGAAAGUCCUUGGAACGACGCUAGUGGUGACAGUACCAGGACAUGGGACCCACUUGCCUCUUCAAACAGCAAACACACAGAACAUGCGUUUUAUGAGUUUACUUUCCGAAGGUUCUUUGAUGACAAUGGAUAUCCAUUUAGAUACCCCAAGCCUUCUGGAAUCGAAGUUAGCCAGUCUGAGAAGUGUGAUGUAGAAAACAAAGAUGUGGUGGAUCAGACUGGAGCCUGCCAACCUGUAUAUGUGUAAAUUAUUGUACAGAGUACUCCAAAUGAUCUUAUUUGCAAGUCCCAGAGGGCCUUUAGCUGACCCCUUAGGACCCAACCUUGCAGCUCUUACUCAAGCACAGCUCCAGUUGAGGCCAUGGUGCAUCUGGGGAGUUGAGAGCCUGCAGGGCCAGGUCCUAAAUGGGCACUCUUUUUUGUUCAGGUCAGUUUUAUUGUAAAUAGCUAUGCUGAUAAAUGACACUUGAAAGCCUGGUCUUCACUGCUAUCUGCAAGGCCAGCGAUCUGUCAUUUCUAGGCCUAUUUUUUGUUUGAGGUCAGCAUCCCCCUACUCUGAUCAGCAUGUAUGGACUUCCACAACUUUCCACAUUAUUUUUUAAAUGAAUAAAGAGCACUUAUAUUUUGUUUAUAGCAAGGGUUUUUGUCCUACUAAAUUAUAGGGAUUAACUUUGACAAAUCAUGCUGCUGUUCUUCUUUUCUACAUUUUUAUUUUAUCCAUAGCACUUAUUUCACAUUUAGGAAAACGCAUAAAACUGAAGAACAUGUGAUAAAAGGUCUCUGUGCAAUAAUGUAAAAAAGAAAAACCUCUGCUCUCUAAUUUUCUAAAUUUACUGAUGCCAUUUUAUUCACACCAUGAUUUUUGUUUCCAUAUAUGUAUUUUCCACAUUUCAAAAUUGUGACAUAACCUUAAAGCUGCUUUAUUUCCUUCUGCUUAUUGGAGUGUAAAAGAAAGUGUGAGCAAGUGAAAAUUUGGGUGUGAUUUCAUUGUCUGGUGUGUGAAGAAUGUUGCAUGAGCAGUGUUUUUUUUCUAUAUGAAAUGGCCUUUUCUUGCCAUCCAUGGGCAGGUCCUGUGGAUCCAUUUUUACUGAGGGUCUAAAAUUAGACCAUUUUAAACAGUGUGUUGAUAAUGUGUUGUGUGGAUGAUUUCCCCUUAUGAUUGUAGCCAAUAUUAUUUUUGGAAAACAGAUUGCAAAGUUAUAACUCAUUAAUAGUUGUUGUGGUCUGAUAAAAUAGAUCAUUUUUAGUAAACAGGUAUCAUCUGCACCCUCCCCCCCACAAGAUACAUAGCAAGACCAUUAUUUCAGUGUUAAUUUACUGCAACAGUCUUGAUUUAGCUCAUUCACACAGCACCCACUGCACAAUGUUCAGUAUUUAAAACUUUGCCAUUUAAUACUAUCAGUAACACAGUGUUCAUAUUAAGAUAUUUGAGUCAAAAUUUUCAAACCAUAGUGCCUACAGUUAGGAUUCUAAAUCUACCUUGGGGCUCUCAAAUGAAAGUAGACUGACUUUAUGAAAGGUGUUAAAUAUCUGCAACUCCCAUUAAUUUUUUCAGGAUAUGGGAUUGCUUAGCAUUUCAAAAAAUCAGACCCCUUCUAAUUACAGUGUUCAAAUGAAUAUUGAGAAGCCUAACUUUAAGGACCAAUGUUUGAAAGUGUUGGCAUUGUUGAAAAGUUAUAAUAUUCUAUUGUCUCUUUCAAUUAAAAUUUUGCUGUGAUGGAACACAGUAGUCCUUCAUUUCUAUCAAAUUAUAGGCAUACUUUGAAAUGUCAGUUCUUAACUUUGUUAAAAUAUGCAUUUUUCUUAUAUGUAUAAGUGAGGAUUAUUCAAAGUGAUAUUGGAAUACUAAAAAGAAUUAAGCCAUACAUAUUUGCAUAUAUAUUAUAUAUAACUAAAUAGAUAAACACAAAAAAUCCUUAAUUCAGAUUAGUGUAACAGUCCUAUUUAAAGUGGUUGACGUAACAACACUUGAGGAAAACACUCCUUCAAUGUGUUUUUGCUUUACUUUUUUUUAAAUCUGGAUCUUCAUAAUUUUUCCAUAUAUUAUUCCACAUAUUAUUCCUUAAUGUUUUUAGCAUAUCAUAUCCUAUCCAUUGUUUAGCUAUCUAAGCAACAUCACCUAUAAAUUCAUCAACCUAACCUAAACAAAAAUGAUUGUGUAUUUGUUUACAUUGGUAUGAAAGGAGUGGUCUGAGGUAUGCAGUGCUUGUGUUGUGACAGUUCAUGUAAGAUUCAGUAUUACUGCUUUUUUAUAUAGCAAUGCCAUUUUUGUUAUUUACAUCUAUCCGACAUUCUUUCGUGUGGUAGGUUCUUUCUCAGGAACUCAAUUUAACUGUUAUUUAUUGUUAUAUCAUUGCCCUUGAAAGCUUCUACUGGCACAAUUUAUUAAAAAUUUGAAUCAAAA